AUGGAACAUUCAACUCCACUAAAUGAAGAAAUUGUACAUAAAAAGAAUGAUGAAAAUUGGGUAAUUGCACAAAAAAAAGUAUUUACAAAUUGGUGUAAUAUUUUUUUAAAUCAACGUUCUCAAAAGAUUGAAGAUUUGGAAACAGAUCUUUAUGAUGGAAUUUUGUUGGGUUCUCUAUUGGAGAUAUUAAGUGGAAAGAAUGUAAUUCUUUCAAAAUGUAAACAAUUGAAAACUAGACUUCACUAUAUCAACAAUUUGAAUUUCUCUCUAAAGUUUAUAGGUGAUGAAGGAUUACGUUUAGUUGGUGUGGCAUCUGAAGAUAUCACUGACGGGAAUUUGAAAUUAAUCUUGGGUUUAGUUUGGACUUUAAUUUUACGUUAUCAAAUUCAAUCUAUGCAAAAUUCAAAAUCAAGUCAACAAAAUCUUCAUUCCUCAACUAAACCAUCUGAAUUAAUGUUAAAUUGGGUAAAAUCUCAAAUUUCUGAUUAUGGUCAUCAUAUUAAAGAUUUAACAACAAGUUUCCAAAACGGUUUAUUAUUUUGUGCACUAGUUCAUAAAUUGGUACCAGAGAAAUUAGAUUAUAAAUCUUUAAGUGAAAGUGAUUCAUUAGGAAAUCUUACACUUGCAUUUGAAGUCGCAAAUAAAGAAUUAGGAAUUCCAUCAAUUUUAGAUCCACAUGAUAUCAUUACAACACCUGAUGAAUUAUCAAUUUUAACAUACAUUUCAUUAUUUCCAAAAGUUUAUCAACAAACUUUAGAACCAUUAAAUAAUAAUAAUAAUAUUUCACCAUCAUUAUCAUCGUCAUCAUCAUCAUUAUUAAAUACACCAAAUAAAAGAAAUUCAAUUCAACUUUCAAAAUCAACUUCAUUUGAACAACAAAAUCAACAACAACAACAACAAAAUUUAUUAUCACCAAAUAGUUAUAGAAAUUCAAUAUCAUUUAGUAAAUCACCAUCAUUUGAAGGUAGUCAAUCAACUGGAUCAUCAAGAUCAAUAUCACCAAUUUCAUCACCAAUUAAAAAUAGUACUACUGGCAAUAGUAAUUUAUCAAAAUCAACAUCUUUUGAAAAGAUAGAAGCUAGUAAUACUACUAAUAAUAAUACUAUUAUUAUUGCAGAAGAGAGUAGAGUUAUUGAAAAAAUAGUCGAAAAGAUAAUUGAAGUUGAAAAGAUAGUAGAAGUUGAAAAGAUAGUAGAAGUUGAAAAGAUAGUAGAAGUUGAAAAGAUAGUAGAAGUUGAAAAGAUUGUUAAAGUUGAUGAUAUCGAAAAGCUAACAAAUUUACAAGAUCAAUUAACUGAACAACAACAACAAUAUCAAGAGAAAUCAUUGAAAUUGGUAAACUUGGAAUUGGAAUUACAAGAAAAGAGUAAUCAACUUGUUGAUAAAUCUAAUCAACUUUCAACAAUGCAAGCAACCAAUUCAGAGUUAAUGGAAAAGAUUGGCGGAUUAAUGAAUGAUCUAACCGAUAUUCCAACUCAAGAUAUUAAAGAGAAAGAUGAGAUAAUUGCAAAUCUAAAGAUUGAGAGUGAAAAGAAUUUAAAAUGCUUUCAAGAUGAUUUCAAUGCUUUACAAUCUCGAUACAGUCUUACCAUUGAGCAAACUAGUCAAUUGCAAGAUAGAAUUAAGCAAUUAAUAAAUGAAUUACAAGAGAGGGAUGAUAAAUUCAUUGAGUUUACAAACUCAUCAAAUCAAUCAUUGGCUGAUAACCAACGUGUAAUCGACCAAUUAACCAAUGAGAAACAAUCAAUAACUCUACAAUUACAAGAUCAACAAGAUAUAAAAGAAAAGGAAUUUCAAUUUGAAAAACAACAAUUAUUAAGUCAAAUUGAUUCAAUCACAACAAACAUUCAAGAAUAUCAAGAUAAAUUCAAUAAUUUACAACAAGAAUUCAAUACUCAACAAACUUUAAAUCAACAAGAAACUCAUAGAUUAACUCAACAAUUAUAUCAAAUAAAUACAGAUUAUAAUGAAAAACAAACUCAAUUACAAUCGGAAAUUAAAGAUAAUCAAACUAUAAAUGAACAAUUAAAUAAACAAUUAUCAGAAAAAGAUAAAGAAAUUGAAAAACUUUCAAAUCAACAAGAACAACAACAAGAUGAAAAAAUUAAUAAUCUUUUAUUAGAAAUUAAAGAAAAAGAUUGUUUAAUUGAAAGAAUUAAUCAACAACUUUUAGAAAAUAUUGAUUUAAAUUCAAAAUAUCAACAAUUACUUUUAGAAUUUGAAAAUUUUAAAUUAAAUUCAUCAAAAGAAAAAGAAAAUCAAUUAAAUGAAUUACAAAGUAAACAAGAUGAAAGAUUUAAUCAAUUAAAUGAUGAAAAACUUGAAAAAGAAAAACAAUUACAAUCAAUUGAAGAUGAAUUCAAUCAAUAUAAACAACAACAAUUAAGCUCAAAUUCAAAUAUUGAUCAACAAUUACAAUCUACUAUUAUUGAAUUAUCAGAAUUAAAAGAACAAAAAGAAUUAAAUGAUUCAAAAUUAAUUGAAAAAGAAAAACAAUUACAACAAUUACAACAAGAAUUUGACCAACUAAAUGAAAAAAAUCAAAAAGAUCACCAAGAUCAAUUAGAAUUACUUGAAAAACAAUUAAAACAAUUACAACAAGAAUAUGAUCAAUUAAAUGAAACUAAUCAAUCAAUUGAAAAUCAAUUAAAUCAACAAAAUUUAAUUAAUAAAGAGAAUUUAAAUGAAAAAGAGCAAGAAUUACUAAAAUUACAAAAUCAAUUAAAUCAACAAAUUGAAAAGAUUCAAUUUGAUCAACAAGAAUUUUCAAAACAAAAUUCAAUUAAUAUUGAAUUAGUAAAUGAAAAAAAUGAAAAAUUAAUUCAAUUACAACAAGAUUAUGAUCAAUUAAAACAACAAAAUAGAUCAAAUGAUGAAAAAGAUGAAAAUGAUUUAAUUGAAAAAGAAAAUCAACUAAAGUCAAUUCAAAAUGAAUUAAAUCAAUUAAUUGAAAAGAAUGAAUCUGAUCAUAAAGAACAACAAUUAAAACAACAAUCAAUUGAAAAUGAUUUAAUUGAAAAAGAGAAUCAAAUUCAACAAUUACAAUCACAAUUAAAUGAACAAAGACAACAACAAUCAAAUCAGUUAUCUGAGAAAGAUCAACAAUUGAAUCAGUUAAUUGAAAAGAAUCAAUUUGAUCAAAAAGAACAACAAUUAAAACAACAAUCAAUUGAAAAUGAUUUGUUUGAAAAAGAGAAUCAAAUUCAACAAUUGCAAUCACAAUUAAAUGAACAAAGACAACAACAAUCAAAUCAGUUGUCUGAAAAAGAUCAACAAUUGAAUCAAUUAAUUGAAAAGAAUGAAUCUGAUCAAAAAGAACAACAAUUAAAACAACAAUCAAUUGAAAAUGAUUUAAUUGAAAAAGAGAAUCAAAUUCAACAAUUACAAUUACAAUUAAAUGAACAAAGACAACUACAAUCUGAAGUAUCAAUUGAUAAUGAUAAAAUUUUAGAAUUAGAAAAACAAUUAAAACAAUGUCAAUCGGAUUUAUUGAAAUUAAAUGAUGAAAAACAACAACAAGAUAAACAAUUACAAGAUAAACAAAUUGAAUUUGAUCAAUUACAAUUAACUUUUAAUCAAUUUAAAAAUGAUAAAGAUUCACAAUUCAUUCAAUUACAAGAUGAUCAAAAACAACAAUUACAAUCAAUCCAACAAGAUUUAAAUCAAUUAAAACAAGAAAAUCAAGAAAAAGAAAAACAACUCUCUGAAAAGGAUGAAAAAUUACAAUCAAUUCAAUUUGAGAAUCAAGAAAAAGAAAAACAACUCUCUGAAAAGGAUGAAAAGUUACAAUCAAUUCAACAAAAUUUAAAUCAAUUAAAUGAUGAAAAUCAAGAAAAAGUAAAACAAUUUUCUGAAAAAGACGAAAAGCUACAAUCAAUUCAACAAGAUUUAAAUCAAUUAAAACAAGAAAAUCAAGAAAAAGAAAAACAACUCUCUGAAAAGGAUGAAAAGUUACAAUCAAUUCAACAAGAUUUAAAUCAAUUAAAUGAUGAUCAAAUUAAAAAAAAUGAAAAAUUAAAAGAAAAAGAAGAACAAUUAUUAAAAUUACAACAAGACUUUAAUGAUCAACAAUCUCAACAAUUAAAACAAUUGGAAGAGAAAUUAUCUGAAAAAGAAAAUCAAUUACAACAAUUAAAACAAGAGAAUGAAAUCAAUCAAUUGAAUCAACAACAACAAUCAAAUGAAAUUAUUCAACAAUUAAAAGAUCAACUUUUAAAACAACAACAACAAGAACAACAAGAAAAUAAUAAUGAAAAAGAAAUUGAAAGAUUAAUACAAGAGAUUGAACAAUUGAAACAACAACAAGAGAUUGACCAAUCGGAACUUAGUAAUAAAGAGAUUAAAAUCCAAACUACUCAACAAGAAUUUGAUCAACUCUCUCAUAAUAGAUCAAAGGAUCAAUUACAUUUACAACAAUUACAACAAGAGUUGGAUCAGUUGAAACAAAGUUUUGAUGAUCAAGAUCACCAAUUUAAGAAAGUAAUUGAUGAACGUUACAAUCUUCAAUUACAAUUGGAACAAUCAACUCUUUCAAAUAAUCAAUUAGAUCAAUUAUUAAAGGAGAAAUUAAAACCAUUGGAAUUGGACUCCAAUGAAAAACAAAAAACAAUUGAUGAUUUACUUUCAAACAUUUCAAAUCUCCAAAUUUCACUUCAAAAUGAUAAAGAUUUAAUCUCUGAAAGAAAUAAUUCAAUUAAAACUUUAGAAUCACGUAUUACUCAACAAUUAUCAUUAUUAGAUGAAAAAGAUAAUUUAAUUAAAGAUUUACAACAACAAAAACAACAACAACAACAACCUCCAACUGCUUCAUCAUCACCAUCAUCAUCACCAUCAUUAUUAUCCUCAACACCAACACCAAAACCACAACGUCCAAAUCAAAUUGAAAUUGAUAGACUUGUAAAUGAAAUUGUAAAUAGAAAUCAAGAUUUAAUAAGAAAAAAUAAAACCAAAUUCUAUAAAUUAGAAAAUGGUGAUUACAUUGUAAAUUCAAUCAUUUAUAGAUUAUCUUUAGAUGAUGAUAAUGAUUCUGAUUUAAUUGCACAAGAAUAUGAAAAUGGUAAUAGUACAACAUUUGAGAAAUCAUUAAGAAUUUUCCCAUCAAAGAAUACACGUCCAAUAUUCGAUUGGAGAGCAUUGUUCUUUAUUGGUGCUGCUGUUUUAGCUAUCUCUACUCUCUUUUCUUCUUCAAGACCAAUCAAAUAUGAAAAACCAACUUAA